GUAACGGCAAUGCAAAAAGCGGAAAAUCGCUUGAAAGGAAAAAAAUUAACACAAUUAAUUAAUUAAAGCAAACAAAAAAGAGAAGAAAAAGAAAUGAAAACUAGCUAACAACUGUGAAAAGAAGUUAUUCUCAAAAAUUAAAAAAAAAAAUAUGUGUUGGUGACCUUAAAAAAGAAUUACAAAGAUAAUGGAGUGCCUGAAAUAAUUUCUAUGUAAAUAAAAAAAAACCGAAACUGUCAACUUCAAAAAAGAAAAACUUGUAAAUUACACAGAAGUUAUGUAGCAAAAAUUAAUUAAAAUUUUUUAAUACAAAAAAAAAUUAAAAAGAAAAAUAAUUUCGAUAACGUUUUAUAGGUACAAAGAAAAAGAAAUUUUCUAAAUGCACUGAAUUAGCACAAAGAGGGAGUUAAAAAAACAACCGCACAAAAAUUAUUGAAGCAAAAAAAUAAAAAAAAAGUUAAAACGAUGAUAAUAAAAACUACAGCAAGUAUGCAGCCACAUAUGGAGUGAAAUAAAACAAAAGACUUAAGCAACGAACGCGAUUCUGGCUUAGAAGACGAUAGCAGCUAGUUAUCCAUCUAAGCCACACAGUUUGCAAACACAAACGCAAACAAUAACAACCGUAAACCACAGCCGCAAUUUACAACAGCAACAACACACCCAGCAGCACCAUUACCUACACCAUCACCACCGCCACCACCACCGCCAACACCUCCAAUCACAUCUCAGCCGUUAUCGUUAGCCGCAGUACUACAACUAAAUUUAAACAAAAAAAUUCACCUAAACAAGAGUAAACUAAGCACACUCUAACUAUUAAUUAGUGCAUAAACUUACAAAUAAUUAACUGCCGUUAAAAUCUAUGCGAGCACAUGCGCACCUCUGAACAUUUUCAUUUGAUCGUUGCUGUGCAUUCAUUUGGACUUCACUAACAUUCACUUUUUUUUUUCUCCCUCGAUGUGAAAUCAAAUCGCAGUUGUUGUUAUGUUGUAGGUUUAUUGGAAAAAAAAGAAGCAACCGAAGAAGAGAAUGAGUGCAACAUUGUGGCAAGUCCAGAGGCGAAAAUAUGGCAAAAUGUUGUGGAAUGUUAACAAAUGAUUUGAGUAGCAGCAAUAAUAGCACAGUGACAACUGCAACCACCGCAACAGCAACAACAACGAGCACUGGCUCAAAUUCAUUCGAUUACCACAAUUGUGAAUGUUUAUAGGCUAAUAAAAGCGAAACAGGGCAAUUAAAAUUGCAGUAAACGAGCAGACCCCCGCAGCUACAGAGAAAAGAAAAAGAAAAACUGAAAAAAAAUCUUGGGAAAAUAUUGACUUUUCAUUUCAUUAUAAAACCCUCUUCUCUCUCCAUAUUGGAAGGCACCUCUGAAAAAUAUUAAAAAACCUAAACAAAAGGAUUAUAGAAUGUGUUCAACCGGUGGCUUUGUCUUGUUUUUAUUAAUCGCUUUAUUUUACAAUUGUUUUACAAACGCCGAAUCUCUCACACCUCAUACAACCAUUCACACAAAUGUUGCCAACGCGGGCAACCCAGUGGGCUCCAAGCAUCUAAAUAACCCCUCACUUGGUGGUCAUGGAAAUGCCAUAGCACAGGAGGUGGUGGCUGAUGGAAAUGUUCAUGAUGACGAUGGCGAAGGCGAUGACCACAACAAUAAUGAUGAUGAUGAUGUGGGAGAUUUCCAACACCGUUUGUGGCACGCUUCACCUACACCCACGCCAGCUGAUGCGAAUGAUGGCAAAACCACAGCAGGUGCUGACCACCAUCACAUUAUUGAUAUAACACGGAAACACCAAAUUCACUACAAUGGUCAUGUGAUUGAUGAAGAUAAUAUAAUAGAGCACUUGGAAGAACAUGAACGUCAAUUAAUAUUUGGAAAGUCUAGAAAGAAGCGUUCCAUAAAAUUGGUUCACUUAACAUAUCGACCAGUUGUUGAACGAUCGAAUAACGCCGCCACAACACAUCCAACAGAUGUUAACAGUUAUGAAAAUGAGGCUUAUCAAAAGCCUCAAAAGGAGGAGGAAGAGGAGGAAAUGGAGUUGCAAAUUCCAAAUAACAAUUUGGAGGCCGUUACAGCCGCAAUCGUGCAUCGCACAAAACGAUCCGACAAUGAUGCAGCAGCAGCAGCAGCAUCUACUACAACUGCAACACAUCAACAGCCAUCAAAAAAUGGCCAAGGUGGUGGCGCCCCAGCAAUACCUCCCACCGUAUCAGUGCAAAUCAAAGAUAACGAUCAUCUGGUCAAUUUGAAGCUGCAGCAAACGCCAAAGCUAAUUGACGAUGCAUUUGUUUUCAUUCGACGCUCUGCCAACACAUCACAGCUGGUGGAGAACUCGCAUAAAUUAGCGGAACGCUUGGAGAAAUGUUUCUAUCACAAUGAGAACUCAGCUUUGGAUCUAUGCGAUGAUGAGAAUGUGCGUGGAGUUUAUCAUCACAAUCGGACGGACUACAUUAUUCAUCCGUUGCCCGAACGAUUUGGCAAUAAUACUCACAUUAUUCUCGAAAGCGAAGGGGAGAUCUAUGACUCCCGUUGGUCCAAUUCAUCAGUAUUAGGUGAGAAUAUACAAUUCGAGCCAGAAAUGGAGGACUUUAAUGAUUUAAACAUCGAGUCUAUGGGUGACUAUGAGAACACCACACGAUCCACUAGGAAUAUCGAAAUGGAUGCCCAUCACCAGAGACACACUGCGGAACAUAGAAGAAAAUCACAUCACAAUCAUGCCAUGCCCUUAAAUUUGAGAUAUAGACCAAGGCAUCAUCACAUGUCCGAGGCGAGCCAGGACAAAGCCAACCAUCCUCACCAGUAUGCCCGCAACAAUCAUCACUCCCAAAAACGUCACUCGCAAACGACGCUACACAAAAAACAUCACUCUCACCCUCAGCCUAAUUAUCGCCACCAUUCGCAUUCAAGUGAAUCUCAAAGGGCGUCAAAGCGAACCAGGCGUUUUAUAUCGCCUCUAAAAGAUUGGCGCUCUGCCAAUGAUGUGCUAUACAUUGAGACGGCCAUUUUUGUAGACACAGAUCUUUAUACGCAUAUGGCCCAAAAUUUUCCCAAAGAUACCAGCUCGCAUUUGAUACGCUUCGUCUUGGCCAUGAUCAAUGGUGUCCAAUUGUUAUAUCAUCACCCCUCAUUGGGGCGUAGAGUCAAUUUUGUCUUGAAACGCCUUGAAAUAUUGGAAAAGGAUCCCUCGGAUUUGGCUCGCUCUAGUGACAUUGAUGUGUAUUUGAGUAAUUUUUGCAAAUGGCAAACACGUUGGAAUACUGCCAAGGAUUUGAAGUUGCACUAUGACCAUGCCGUUAUAUUGACAGGUCUCGACUUGUAUGUGGUGGAUAAGAAUGGCAAGAUGAUCAGUCAAGUGGUUGGUCUCGCUCCAGUGGCCGGCAUGUGCAUAGAAACAUCAUCGUGCACCAUUAACGAGGGCAAACAUUUUGAGAGUGUUUUUGUGGUAGCGCAUGAAAUUGGCCACAAUUUAGGUAUGCGCCACGAUAGCAUUGAGAAUGGAUGUGAGCCCACCUCGCACAUAAUGUCACCGACAUUGGGCAGUGGAAAAAUCACCUGGUCGAAAUGUUCAAGGGACUCAUUGAAUGUGUUUUUGGACAAAUCCCAAGCAAAAUGUCUUUUUAAUCGUGCCGAGUUUAAUCAGAAUUUGGAUCAUUCGGCGGAAGGAAUGCUGCCUGGGGAGCGAUUUGAUGCCAAUCAGCAGUGUAUGCUUAAGUAUGGCAAAGAGUCUGCCAGGGCUCGCAGCCAAUCUUUGGCUGAUAUCUGUAGGGAUUUGCAUUGUCAAAGGGAUCGUUACACCUGGACUUCACAUCCCGCUUUGGAAGGUACUGCUUGUGGGGAUAAUAUGUGGUGCCGUAGUGGAUUUUGUGUUGUCAAACGUAUUGAAUUGUAUACAGCAACAAAACAAACUUCCAGCCUUAGCAAGCCCAAUUAUGACAAGAGUAACUACAUGGAAAAUGCCAAAUCCAGCAAUUUAGUUCACGAAUAUCAGAAGACUUCCAGCAGUUGGAGUGAGUGGAGCGAACCCAGUCCCUGUGAUUCCAGCUGUCUUUAUGGGCCCUCCAAACGUCUGCGUGAGGGCAGUACUGGCCUGAAGACCUUCUCGCGCAAAUGUAUUGACUACAAGCGACGCUGCAUGGGAAGAGAUCACAAAUUUGAAACUUGCGUUGCCAAACAAUGCUACAGUGUACCCAUAGUGACUAUAGCCGAUUUUGCCAAACAGGUUUGUGAAAGAGCUCAAAAAUUCGAUGGCGAUCUUACAGGAGAGGGCGAACAAGUCUCCGGCAACAUUGAAGAAUCCUGCAAAGUCUAUUGCAAGACAAAGAGUAAUGGUACCAAAUCUAGAAGUUGGACCUUUCCCGAUGGCACCACAUGUCGAACGCAUUUGUAUGGCGAUAAUGAUCCUUCGUAUUGCAUUCAAGGACGUUGUGAGAAAUUCUCCUGUGACAAUUCCACUGCUAAUUAUUAUAAGAUCGACAAUAUUUUCUGCAAGCAACAGGAGAAAAAAUUUGAUAAUAAUGCCAUGGAUAAUGAGACGAUCAGAAGAUCAUCUACCGGAGCCUCAUCUUCAUCAUCAUCGUCGUCAGCAUAUACUCAUCAAAGCUAUAGUAAUCAGAUACCCAUGGGUCCACCAACGACACAAGCACCUCCACCACUGGCCUAUAACAAUUACAAUGAGUAUAAAUAUCGCACUUCAAACUCAAAUCAGAAUUAUUACGACAAUGGAUCAUCGGAUCGUAUAUAUGGACCUACAACCGUACGCAGUAAAUAUGAAAAUGAGGUUGCUGCCAAAUCCUUCCGUGGUCAACAAUACCCUCACGAUGCGGUACCUUAUAAACGCAAAUCUGAUAACUACUCACCAUGGAAUAAAUACAGCUAUCGUCUGAACGAUCAUACUCCCUCAGAAAAUGCAGUGGCGAAAACUUCAACAACGCUCUCUGGUGCUAUUCCACCAGCUGCUGGAGAUAAUGAAUGGAUUGUGAAAUCGGGGUGUUAUUCAAAUUGCAUGGCGCGCUCGAAAGGAAUCCAAGUGGUAAUGAAUCGCAAGAGUGGCGAGAAAAACUUACAGCUGUGCACGCACUCUAUAAAGCCUUGUGAUCGCCUUCAAACCACUGGCGAGUAUGCGGAUCAUCUCUGUUCGCGUUAUAAACUCAAGGUGCAAGGGCUUUCGGGUCAUGGCACCCAAAUUGCGGCCAGUGUUGAGGAUCCCGAUCGCAGUUGUCGUGUGGGCUGUCAAGAUGAGUUCAUACAGCAUCGUUUCUUUUUGGUUAAUGGCAACUAUGGACAUUUCCCCUUGGGUACUCGCUGCUCUGCCGGUGAUGACCGCUUUUGUGUACAGGGCAAAUGUUUAGAAUUCGGUCCCGAUCAAAUACCCCUGCAAGAGUCUCACAUAAGCCUGGCCCUGUUUCGCAGCAGACGAUCGGCUAGGAAACAUCGUCAUCGCAGGACUAAAAGAAGCUUUUUAUACUAUGAUCCUGUUAACAUAACGGAGACUUUGACACAGGAUUUUAUAGAUAAUAUUGUGGAUAGUAUUAUCACUUUAGAUGGGCAAACAACAACAGAAGACCCUCUUGUGGGACAUCACAUCGAAUUUACAAAUCCCAUACAUUAUUCCAUGGAUGAGAUGCAUGAACAUUAAGAAGGGCAAUGCCUUUCCUGCAAAAAGCAACUAAAAUAAGUCUCCCACUUCCUCUCUCUCUUUUUCUCUUCUUAAAUAUGAAAUAUUUAUUUAUACAAUUUUCUUUGUAGUAGUUAAUAAGUUUAUAUGCUAAUGUGUAUGUGUGUAUGUUUAUCUCUCUCUGUUAUGCCGUGAUAUUUUAGUUAUAAAUUCUGAUUUUAUUUUUCUCAACAGAAAAACAUAUGGUGAAGCUGUAAGGGAAGAAGAAAACAAAAACGAAAAUUAGUACGAAAGAAUAAAAAUAAAUUUCGAUAGGUAUUUUUACUAAAUAGA